AAAGCUGGAGGGGGAAGUUGCGGAAGCUUGGCUUCCGUUUCCGUUCUGUGGGGAGUCCUCCCGGCGCCGCUGCCGCCGCCGCCACUACCGCCGCUUCUCCCCUAUCCGCCGGGAGAGGCACGGAGCCUCCGGGAGGGCCAAAGAGACGGGGCAGGGUAGAGUGGCUCUCCCUUUCCCUAGAUUUCUUUGCAUUACCAGGGAGACGGGGGAGCCCGGUGCGGAGCCCUUUCCAAGACUGGGCCAGGCCGAGGCUGAAUCGCCAGCUGCCCCCUUCCCAUCUAUCCCUACCGCCCGCCUGACCCGGAAUCCCACGUGACCUGUGACCCCAGGUAGCCUUUGCCCAGAAAACCUUGCUUCACCUGUGACGCUCAGUCCCGACCCUGGUGUGAUCUCUGGCCUUCCUACCUGUGUGACCUUUGCACCCAGACCCUAAUCCUAUCAGUUUUAGCUCGGAGCGCUCCCUCCUCCUUAAUCGCGUAUUAUUUUAAUUUUUUCCAUUUCCCUGAAGACAGCGGAUCCAUCCCGCCAUCAAGCCUCUCUUCCUUAUUCCACUCUUGAAUAUUCUGCAGUUCCAGAGCCUUCCUCGUGGCCUGGUAAUCCCCCUUCAGAGGACCUUUGCAAACACUCAGCUUGUCAAGAUUCCCCCAUUUGUCAAAGGAGAUCAUUAAAUAUGCCCCCUGGCUGGGGGAAGUGGGGAGGCUGAAACACCUUCUCUGGACCCUGGAGGGCUUUGAUGGUGAUAUUGCUGCUGACUCAUUUACCAACCUAGAGCCUUAACCCAUCUGGGGUUCAUAAAAGCAUAACCAAGAGAAAGCUACCUGGAAUAACUGCAAAAGAAGGAAUACUGAGAUCGUGCAACCCAGAAUUCCUGAGAAGUCCCUCUUUCUUGAGAUUUUACAGAAUGUAGUGUUAAAUUGGUUACAGCCAGAUUCAGUGGCCUGGUGUGUGUGUGUGUCAUUUCUAGCAAUCAAUUCCUAUGCUAGGAGUACCGGUGCAUCUCGGAAUGGCUGCCAUGCCCAGGUGGCCACGGAAGGUGCAUGCGAUGCUGUAGGGAGCACGGCCAAGUGGCACGAGAGCACCUGCAGCGGCUGCAUCCCUCAGGAAGCAAGCUGGGACUUGGGGGCCACCUUGCUUGACGUGAGCCCGUCCCGUCUCAAAGCCGUCAACGGGAAGCUUGGGAGAGGGGGAGACGGCUGUCCCCACCGUCCACUCUGACAGCCGCCAUGUCGACUUCCUCGCUGCGCCGCCAGAUGAAGAACAUAGUGCACAACUACUCUGAGGCAGAGAUCAAGGUGCGGGAGGCGACAUCAAAUGACCCUUGGGGCCCGUCCAGCUCCCUCAUGUCUGAAAUUGCGGACCUCACCUACAAUGUGGUGGCCUUCUCUGAAAUCAUGAGCAUGAUCUGGAAGCGUCUCAAUGACCACGGCAAGAACUGGCGUCAUGUCUAUAAGGCCAUGACGCUGAUGGAAUACCUGAUCAAGACAGGCUCAGAGCGGGUGGCGCAGCAAUGCAAGGAGAACAUUUACGCCAUCCAGACGCUAAAGGACUUCCAGUACGUUGACCGUGACGGCAAGGAUCAGGGGGUCAACGUGCGGGAGAAGGCCAAACAGCUGGUGGCCCUCCUCAAAGACGAUGAGCGCCUCAAAGAGGAGCGGGCCCACGCCCUCAAAACCAAGGAGAAGCUGGCCCAGACUGCAACCGCUUCUUCAGCUUCCUCGUCUUUGGCAAACGCCCCAGUGGAAGCGGAGCAGGCUUGGCCCCAGAGCAGCGGGGAAGAGGAGCUGCAGUUGCAGCUGGCGCUGGCCAUGAGCAAAGAGGAAGCGGAGCAGGUAAGCGCCAAGCCCCCUGCAGUGGCCGACGAGGACCUGCAGCUCCAGCUAGCCCUUAGCUUGAGCAAAGAGGAACACGACAAGGAAGAGCGGAUCCGGCGUGGGGAUGACCUACGACUCCAGAUGGCCAUCGAGGAGAGCAAAAAGGAGACUGUGCCUGCUAAGGAGGAGUCCUCCCUAAUGGAUCUGGCUGAUGUCUUCACCGCCCCACCCCCUGCUGACCCCUGGGGCGGCCCGCCUGCUCCCCCUGACCCCUGGGGCGGCCCUGCCCCAGUUGUGUCUGCACCUCCCACUGACCCAUGGGGACCAUCUGCUACCGCAGCAGCCUCUACAGUAGACCCAUGGGGGACCUCUGCGGCGCCUCCUGCAGCCCCUUCAGACCCAUGGGGAGGUACCCCAGCUGCAAACACUGACCCCUGGAAAUCUGAAGGCGGGGGUUCCACUGGGACCACAGCUGUGCCGUCCACCGAUCCAUGGUCCUCUGGUCCAGCUCCCACAUCCCAAGGGAAACCGGCAUCUGACCCUUGGGCUCCAUCGUCAACUUUUACAGAUCCCUGGGGUGGGUCCCCUUCCAAACCCAGCACCAACGGCACUGCAGCUGGCGGAGGCUUUGAGCAGUUUGGCAGCCCUGGGGACGGGGAUGAAUUCUCUGAUUUCGACAGUCUGCGCCCGGCAUUGCCCAAAUCCGGGAGCAGCACAGGUGAGCUGUCGCUCUUAGCAGGAGAGGUGCCGGUGUGCCGAGCUGGCAGUGGCACUGACAGCCCCAACGCUUUUGACAUGGCAUCUGUGAGCGGCUCGCUGCCUGAGACCUCGAGGCCAACACGCAAGACCCCAGAGUCGUUCCUGGGUCCUAACGCUGCCCUUGUUGAUCUGGACUCGCUGGUCAGCAAGCCUUCCGCCACCUCUAGCGUUGCAAAGGCCUCCAACCCCUUCCUACCCUCCGGUUCGGCCCCUGUCCCUGCCCAGUCUGCCUCAGCUACAAACCCGUUCCAGGCAACCGCAGCCACCCCGCUGUCACUCAACCAACUCCGCGUCAGUCCUGUCCUCCCUUUAUCCCAGCCGGCGCCCCCUGCCUUUCCUGCCACAGCUCCUAUGGUCUCUGUCUCCCCCAUGGCCCCUGGGAUGCCCUUAGCCUCCGUUUCCCCGAUGGUGGGGGUGCAGUCCUUGGGUGCUGUUCCACCUAUGGGGCUCCCUGCCAUGGGGCUGCCCCCUCAGAGUCUGCCGCCCGCCGGCAUCGUCCCCGGCAGCACUUCGGCCGCCUCCAUGGGCAGCACCAACCCCUUCUUGCUAUAAUCGGACGGACCUUUUCAGCCCUGCGAUGACUACCCCACCAUCCCCUUCCAUCCCACGUUCCCUGUUUGCAAAGGGGCCCCUUAUAUUCCACCCACAAACAAAUGGGGCAGCCAGGCUUGGAUGGGAAGGUGAGAGGUGGGGCGAUGGGGAGGAAAGGGAGAGACUGAAGUCCGUACGGCGAGUUCCUCCACCCCCUGUUCGAGGUAGGAUGGACCUUACCCCUUUUGGUUUUGGGGCAUCAUCUGGGGCGCUUCCCCCUUGCCUACCUUGCCCUUCAGGGGGGCGGGACAGAUCUGUUUCUGCUGCCGGAGCCCUGUUGGCAUCAGGGUGGCAGCUCUCCCGAACUCUAGUGGAGAUGUGCGUGACAUUAGAGGGGAGAGACCAAAGGAGCAACAGCAGGCCUGAAGACUUGGGCGGCGGAGGAAGCCAUAUUCGCCAAAAGCAGGUUGUUGCUCUUUGUGCCGUCUCCCAUACUUGCCACAGCAACCCAUCCCGUUUUGGAAGUAACGUCACAUACUUCUUUUUUUUUUAAUCUUCCACAUCUUUCUUCAUAAACCUCUCACUCUCUCCCCUACGCUUGCAGAAGGGAUGGAUAAAAGAGAAAUAGCCAGGCCCUUGUACCUCUAGGCCCUUCCAAAUGAAGUUCUCUUGCAGCAGGGGUGGGAGGGGAUGGACGGACACUGCCCUUUUAAAUUAUGGCUUUUUUUUGUAGACCCCUCCCCCCUUCACUUCCAAAUGUUUUGUUACAUCUCCAUCCCUCCCCUCCCCCAGCUGGGACCAGCCCUUCUCUGCCUCUUUUUUUUUUAAGUUGGGGGGGGUGAAAUCAGUGAAACCCUUCACUACACCUGGGAACAGUUGAGACGCUGGGAAUGUCUGUCUCUUCUGUCUCUGGGGCCAAACGGGAUACCACUAAUCUAAGGCCAGAGACCAAAGCUGGAUCUAGGAAGGUGAGCUGGACCAUCAUAUUCUACACAGGGCAGGGCCACUACUAUGCCUUGUGAUCUGCCCUCUGCAAACACCCAGUCUUAAAGAGAGCCACCGGUUUUUUUACAAGGAGCGUGGAAUCCCAUCGAUGCGUCACUCCUUUGAGGGAGCCUUGAAAGAACCAUUGUAGCCGACUGUGAAGGGGGAAUCUGGAAGCCAUUGAAGGAUCAGUACUCUGAGAAUGUAAAAACGUUUUCAAGAAGCAAAAUCUCGGGGGGGUGCAAAACUGUUGCAGGAUUUGGGGCUCUCAGUCGGCUUCCUGGAAUCCCAGAAACAGCCAAAGGCUCCUGUGGGGUGUGGAACAGCAUGGACCAAUAAACCCUGCCUCCCCCCUUCUCCGGUUUCUGGACUACAGCAAGCCAAAACGUGAGGACUCUGCUGAGGAGUGUGGGAAGAGUAGCAGUGUCCAUGUGCAGGAGGAAGGUCCCCUUCUCUCACGCCAACAGUGCACAUUGCUUGAAGGUGGGAAGUGAGAACAUGCAGCCACAAUCCAUGGACCUCACUGUGGAGCGCUCUUCACACGGGUGGUAAUCAAAUGCAGCCUGCACCAUCCACAUUCCACAUCACCUACUUUUCUCCGCACUGCAACCUCCUCCAGUACUGACCGACCCACCAGCGGCCCCAGGGAGGGGGUGCCGUUGUUUGACUUAUUAAAAACAACAGAGCCCUCUCAUCCAGCACAGUGCAGUGAAGAAGCCUCAACAAUUCUUCAGACUUGUUGAAUGAGGGAGGCAAGAUGGGUGGGCGGCCUGCUUCUACCCCUUCAAGAGCCAGCAGCUUUCUGGGGAAUGGGAGGGUCAAAAGGCUGUGUGUUUGUGUGCGCGCAUGUGUGUGUAUGUGUGUGUGUGUGUGUGUAUAUGUGUCGCUGCUGUAAGUGAUUGUCGAUUCUUAUUUUAUGCUACGGGGUGGGGGAGGAGAGCGCUUAUUCAUUGGCACCCAGGACAAUCUGCUAACUCCUUAAUUCUUUUUUUCCCCUGCCACCCCAAUCUCUUGCAAUUGUGUUUCUAAAGUGGGUGGAAUACCCUACUUCUCCCUGCUCCCCACCACCAAUCAUGCAAGGGGAUCAUUUUCUCCACGCACACAAGUCAGUAUCUUUGAAGAAUCAUUGUGUCAUUGCUCAAGGGGGGUGGGGUGGGAAGAGUGUUCUUGGCUGUAUGUGACCCUCCCUCUUGGCUCUACUCCCCUCCAGUUCUCUUUCCCACUCCCCCCCCCGCCUUCCUUGGUAAGCAUCAGAAAAAUGCUAUUAAUGAAAUAAAUGGAAAUUCUUCUAUGGCACUCAAA